UGAUUCGAAGGUUUGAAGAUUCAAUUGAAACAAAUACAAACUCCAUCUCUCUCUCUCGGGUUUCUAAUCAUUGGAGAAGCAUCAAACCAUACCAGCUGCUGCUAAUUAGAUAUUGAUUGAUAUAGGAAGGAAGCAAAGGGGCUUUUUGCUUACUUUGAAUCUGGUAUGAAACGAGGAUUCUCCCAAUCUCCUUCCACCUCUACUCCUCCUCCUUCCUCCAGAUUCAAACCCAACCCUCCAGGAGGAGAUUCAGAGUAUGAUGAAGAGGAGAGCACAAAGAACUUUGCGAGGAAAGUAGCUGAUCAUUACAGUCGAAGAACCAACCAAACCUUGGAAGAGAGAGAAGCUAGUCCCAUCAUUCAUUUGAAGAAACUUAACAAUUGGAUUAAAAGUGUGUUGAUCCAGCUUUAUGCUCGUCCUGACGAUGCUGUUCUAGACCUUGCCUGUGGGAAGGGUGGUGAUUUGAUCAAGUGGGACAAGGCAAGGAUCGGGUACUAUGUUGGAAUCGAUAUUGCUGAAGGCUCGAUUGAAGAUUGUCGAACGCGUUAUAAUGGGGACGCAGACCAUCACCAACGCCGUAAGAAGUUCAGCUUUCCCUCCCGUUUGUUAUGUGGUGAUUGUUUUGAGGUAGAACUAGACAAGAUUCUUGAAGAGGAUGCCCCUUUUGAUAUCUGCAGUUGCCAGUUUGCAAUGCAUUACUCAUGGACUACUGAGGCACGUGCACGACGAGCUUUGGCUAAUGUCUCAGCUCUUCUUCGUCCUGGAGGCGUCUUUAUCGGAACAAUGCCUGAUGCCAAUGUUAUUAUUAAAAAACUUCGACAAGCUGAAGGUAUGGAGAUUGGUAAUAGUGUGUACUGGAUUCGUUUUGGUGAAGAAUAUUCUCAAAAGAAGUUCAAAUCUAGCAGCCCCUUUGGUAUUGAAUACGUCUUUCAUCUUGAGGAUGCUGUUGAUUGCCCUGAAUGGAUUGUGCCCUUUAACAUCUUCAAGUCUUUAGCCGACGAGUAUGAUCUAGAGUUGGUGUUUGUGAAGAACUCACACGAGUUUGUCCAUGAGUAUAUGAAAAAACCGGAGUUUGUAGAACUCAUGAGAAGGCUUGGUGCUUUGGGUGAUGGUAAUCAAGACCAGAGCACGUUAUCAGCUGAUGAAUGGGAUGCUGCAUAUCUAUACCUCUCUUUUGUCUUGAGGAAGAGAGGAGGAGAAUCUGAUGGAGGUCAAAGGAGAGGAGGGAGGAGGAAGAAUGGGAAAAUGAACUUAUCCAAAGACGAUGUUUUGUAUAUUGAUAACUGAAGUGUUAAAAGAGUGUAAUUUUGCACAAUGGCCCAAAACUGUUUUUCUGUGCUAUGCUUUAGUAGAAUAUACCAUCAGGACUCUGACCAUCAUCAUCAUCAGCAUGAUAAAACUCAUGAUUUGUAGUAUGUUAUUCGCAACUCACUUUGUAUAACAGGUUCAAAGGCGUUUUGUU